AUGUCCAGCUUCUCCACCCACUCUCUCAGCGACGGCAACAAGGUCCCCGGCAUCGCUUUCGGCAUUGGGACUGCACACUUUGGCAAGGACGACGACGGACUCGUCGAGACGAUCAAGACCGCCAUUGCCGUGGGCUUCCGUCACCUUGAUGGCGCAGAGAGCUACCGCAACGAGGGCUCGCUCGGAAAGGCGAUUGCGCAAUCAGGCGUUCCUCGCGAGGAGUUGUUCGUGACGACUAAGGCCGGCGCUGGGUUGGCCGACAUCCCCUCUUCGUUCGACGAGUCCCUCAAGAAGCUGGGUCUCUCACAUGUCGACCUCUACUUGAUUCACUGGCCGUACGAUUUUCCGAAGCCUGGAUACCCGAGCAUCGCAGCCGCUUGGAAACAUAUGGAGGCUAUCAAGGACUCGGGGCGCGCCAAGUCCAUCGGUGUCUCUAACUUCCGCGUCCGCGACCUCGAGAAGAUCUACAGCAUUCCCGACCUCAAGCAUCCGCCGGCCGUCAACCAGAUCGAGUUCCACCCCUUCAUGUACGAGGCUGGUGAAGAGCUGUACCAGUACAUGAAGAAGAAGCAGAUCGCUCUCGAGGCAUACGGCCCGACUUCGCCUCUCACCAAGCUGUCGAACCCUGGCUUCGAGGAAGCGCUGACCAAGGUCACGAAGGCGGUUUCAGAGCGCGCUGGGAAGGACAAGGUCGAGCCUAGCCAGGUCCUCCUGCGUCUUGCGGCGCAGCGCGGCGCGAUCGUCAUCACGACGAGCGGAAAGGACUGGCGGAUGAAGGAACAACUCGCCGCCGGCGCUCUUCCCGAACUCACGCAGGACGAGGUCGACUCGCUCGUCAUGGCUGCGAAGCCGGCCCCUCAGCGCGUUUUCAUGAAGCACAUGGACGGAGACGACGAGUACUAG